UCUUAUUGGGGCGGAGUUAUUUCAAGAGGCGGUCAACCAACACAAGGAAAGUCACCCACAGCACUGGCUGCAUGAACUCGUAACUUGUAUUUUAACGAGAAUAACUAUUAUUAGACAUCAUUUCUCCAGUCGUGGUUGAUCCGUAUUCCACCGCUGCCAUGACGGAUUUAGAGAGACUGAAGAUGACGGGCGCUGGGAAAGCUAUCGCCUUGUUGACAAGUGGUGGAGAUGCACAAGGAAUGAAUGCAGCUGUCCGCGCUGUGACCCGGAUGGGGAUAUUUGUUGGAGCCAAGAUGUAUCUCGUAUAUGAGGGCUACCAGGGUCUGGUGGAUGGAGGGGACAACAUCAAGCUGGCCCACUGGCAGAGUGUCACCAACAUCAUACAGCAGGGUGGCACGGUGAUCGGCAGCGCUCGCUGUAAAGUGUUCACCACGAGGAACGGUCGCCUGGCAGCAGCCUUUAACCUGGUGAAGAGAGGCAUCACCAAUCUGUGUGUGUGUGGAGGAGACGGCAGCCUCACCGGAGCCAACAUCUUCAGGAGCGAGUGGAGUGGACUGCUGGCUGAAUUGGUUCAGAAAGGCCGGAUCACCGACACCCUAGCGAAACAGCAUGAUCACCUGAACAUCGUAGGGUUGGUUGGAUCUAUAGACAACGACUUCUGUGGGACAGACAUGACCAUAGGCGCUGACUCCGCUCUGCAUCGCAUCAUGGAGAUAGUGGACGCAAUCACUACCACCGCACAGAGCCACCAGCGUGCCUUUGUCCUGGAGGUCAUGGGACGACACUGUGGGUAUCUAGCGUUGGUGUCCGCUCUGGCCUCCGGAGCAGACUGGCUCUUCAUCCCAGAGGCUCCACCAUUAGAGGGCUGGGAGGACCUCAUGUGUGCCCGCUUGGAGCAUAGUCGCAGUAAGGGCUCCAGACUGAACAUAGUAAUCAUCGCUGAAGGAGCCAUCAACAGAGCUGGUGAACCCAUCUCUUCAAGCUACGUCAAGGAUCUGGUAGAGAAGAGGCUGGGUUAUGACACCCGGGUCACUGUCCUAGGUCAUGUACAGCGAGGAGGAACACCCUCCGCCUUCGACCGGGUGCUGAGCAGUAAGGUAGGAGUGGAGGCUGUAGUCGCUCUGUUAGAGGCCACUCCAGAGACCCCGGCCUGUGUCAUCGGCCUGUCAGGAAACCAGGCUGUCCGCCUGCCUCUUAUGGAGUGUGUACAGAUGACUAAAGAGGUUCAGAAGGCCAUGAAUGAAAAGAGGUUUGAUGAAGCCAUCCAACUGAGAGGAAGGAGCUUCGAGAACAACUGGAACAUGUACAAACUGCUAGCCUUUCAGAAGCCUGCUGUUACCAAGAGCGACCACACGCUGGCGGUGCUGAAUGUGGGCGCUCCGGCAGCAGGGAUGAAUGCAGCGGUCCGCUCGGCUGUCAGGGUGGCGCUGGCCUACGGUCACAAGGUCUACUCUGUCAACGACGGCUUCGAGGGGCUGGCCAACGGAGCGGUGACAGAGAUGGAGUGGCAUGGUGUGGCUGGAUGGACUGGCCAGGGUGGAUCUCUUCUGGGAACUAAACGAACCCUUCCCAGUACCUGCAUGCAGAAGAUCGUGGACACCAUCAACAAGCAUAAAAUCCAGGCUCUGCUGAUCGUUGGGGGAUUUGAGGCGUACGAGGGCGUGCUGGAGUUAUAUGAUGCUCGUAGUAGUUUUGACGAGUUGUGUAUCCCCAUGGUGGUGAUCCCCGCCACCAUAAGUAAUAACGUACCCGGGACAGACUUCAGUCUGGGGGCAGACACGGCUGUCAAUGCUGCCAUGGAGAGUUGUGAUAAGAUCAAGCAGUCGGCUACGGGGACCAAGAGAAGGGUGUUCGUAGUGGAGACUAUGGGAGGCUACUGUGGUUACCUGGCAACCUACGCCGGUAUCGCUGUGGGAGCGGACGCUGCUUACAUCUUCGAGGACCCCUUCAACCUCCAGGACCUAAAGACUAACGUGGAGCAUCUCGCAGAGAAGAUGAAGGAAGACAUCCAGAGGGGUCUGGUGCUGAGGAAUGAGAAGUGUCACCUUCACUACACCACUGAUUUCAUCCACAAGCUGUAUUCUGCCGAAGGGAAGGGCAUCUUCGACUGCAGGGUCAACGUGCUGGGGCACCUCCAGCAGGGAGGUGCACCAACACCCUUCGACAGAAACUGUGGCACCAAGCUGGGUGUGAAGGCUGUGCAGUGGCUCACAGAGAAGAUGAUCAACAACUUCAGACAAGGUCGUGUGUUCGUCAAUGACCCAGACACAGCGUCUGUCAUCGGCUUCAGUAAGAAGGUCCUUUCCUUCAUCCCUGUGACUGACCUUAAGGCACAGACUGACUUUGAGCACCGGAUGCCCAAGGUCCAGUGGUGGCAGAACCUGCAUCAGAUUCUGAAGAUGUUGGCCAAGCACCAGACCAGCUUCAGCGAGUACGUCCCUGGAGAGAUGGAACAUGUGACCCGACGCUCUCUCAGCAUCGACACUGGCUUCUAGAAUACAUACUAACCCUGGACUGUAGACACCGGCUUCUAGAACACAUACUAACCUGGACUGUAGACACUGGCUUCUAGAACACAUACUAACCCUGGACUGUAGACACCGGCUUCUAGAACACAUACUAACCUGGACUGUAGACACUGGCUUCUAGAACACAUACUAACCCUGGACUGUAGACACUGGCUUCCAGAACACAUACUAACCUGGACUGUAGACACUGGCUUCUAGAACACAUAUUAACCCUGGACUGGAGACACUGGCUUCUAGAACACAUACUAACCUGGACUGUAGACACUGGCUUCUAGAACACAUACUAACCCUGGACUGUAGACACUGGCUUCUAGAACACAUACUAACCCUGGACUAUAGACACCGGCUUCUAGAACACAUACUAACCCUGGACUGUAGACACUGGCUUCUAGAACACAUACUAACCCUGGACUGGAGACACUGGCUUCUAGAACACAUACUAACCCUGGACUGUAGACACUGGCUUCUAGAACACAUACUAACCCUGGACUGUAGACACUGGCUUCUAGAACACAUACUAACCCUGGACUGUAGACACUGGCUUCUAGAACACAUACUAACCCUGGACUGUAGACACUGGCUUCUAGAACACAUACUAACCCUGGACUGUAGACACUGGCUUCUAGAACACAUAUUAACCCUGGACUGGAGACACUGGCUUCCAGAACACAUAUUAACCCUGGACUGUAGACACUGGCUUCUAGAACACAUACUAACCCUGGACUGUAGACACUGGCUUCUAGAACACAUACUAACCCUGGACUGGAGACACUGGCUUCCAGAACACAUAUUAACCCUGGACUGGAGACACUGGCUUCUAGAACACAUACUAACCUGGACUGUAGACACUGGCUUCUAGAACACAUACUAACCCUGGACUGUAGACACUGGCUUCUAGAACACAUAUUAACCCUGGACUGUAGACACUGGCUUCUAGAACACAUAUUAACCCUGGACUGUAGACACUGGCUUCUAGAACACAUACUAACCCUGGACUGUAGACACUGGCUUCUAGAACACAUACUAACCCUGGACUGGAGACACUGGCUUCUAGAACACAUACUAACCCUGGACUGUAGACACUGGCUUCUAGAACACAUACUAACCCUGGACUGUAGACACUGGCUUCUAGAACACAUACUAACCCUGGACUGUAGACACUGGCUUCUAGAACACAUACUAACCCUGGACUGGAGACACUGGCUUCUAGAACACAUACUAACCCUGGACUGUAGACACCGGCUUCUAGAACACAUACUAACCUGGACUGUAGACACUGGCUUCUAGAACACAUACUAACCCUGGACUGGAGACACUGGCUUCUAGAACACAUAUUAACCCUGGACUGGAGACACUGGCUUCUAGAACACAUACUAACCCUGGACUGGAGACACUGGCUUCUAGAACACAUACUAACCUGGACUGUAGACACUGGCUUCUAGAACACAUACUAACCCUGGACUGUAGACACUGGCUUCUAGAACACAUACUAACCCUGGACUGGAGACACUGGCUUCUAGAACACAUACUAACCUGGACUGUAGACACUGGCUUCUAGAACACAUACUAACCCUGGACUGUAGACACUGGCUUCUAGAACACAUACUAACCCUGGACUGUAGACACUGGCUUCUAGAACACAUACUAACCCUGGACUGUAGACACUGGCUUCUAGAACACAUACUUAACCUGGACUGUAGACACCGGCUUCUAGAACACAUACUAACCUGGACUACCUAGACAUCAGGCCCUUGUUAUAUCUGGACUGUGUCUGUCGUCUAGUACACCAGAUGAAACCGCUAUUUGGUCUAUACUGGUUUAAAGGCUAUUCUGAUCACUAUUUGGUCUAUACUGGUUUAAAGGCUAUUCUGAUCACUAUUUGGUCUAUACUGGUUUAAAGGCUAUUCUGAUCACUAUUUGGUCUAUACUGGUUUAAAGGCACCUUAUUCUUUGCAAUUGUAAUGAAAAUGUUGUGUUGUGUGACAAUCAAGCUGUUUUGUCAUCUUGUGGGACCAACACAUUUACGUCUUGUGAUCUUGUGGGACCAACACAUUUACGUCUUGUGGGACCAACACAUUUACGUCUUGUGAUCUUGUGGGACCAACACAUUUACGUCUUGUGAUCUUGUGGGACCAACACAUUUACGUCUUGUGAUCUUGUGGGACCAACACAUUUACGUCUUGUGAUCUUGUGGGACCAACACAUUUACGUCUUGUGGGACCAACACAUUUACGUUUUGUCAUCUUGUGGGACCAACACAUUUACGUCUUGUGAUCUUGUGGGACCAACACAUUUACGUCUUGUCAUCUUGUGGGACCAACACAUUUACGUCUUGUGGGACCAACACAUUUACGUUUUGUCAUCUUGUGGGACCAACACAUUUACGUUUUGUCAUCUUGUGGGACCAACACAUUUACGUCUUGUGAUCUUGUGGGACCAACACAUUUACGUCUUGUGAUCUUGUGGGACCAACACAUUUACGUCUUGUGAUCUUGUGGGACCAACACAUUUACGUCUUGUGAUCUUGUGGGACCAACACAUUUACGUCUUGUGAUCUUGUGGGACCAACACAUUUACGUUUUGUCAUCUUGUGGGACCAACACAUUUACGUCUUGUCAUCUUGUGGGACCAACACAUUUACGUCUUGUCAUCUUGUGGGACCAACACAUUUACGUCUUGUGAUCUUGUGGGACCAACACAUUUACGUCUUGUCAUCUUGUGGGACCAACACAUUUACGUCUUGUCAUCUUGUGGGACCAACACAUUUACGUCUUGUGAUCUUGUGGGACCAACACAUUUACGUCUUGUCAUCUUGUGGGACCAACACAUUUACGUCUUGUCAUCUUGUGGGACCAACACAUUUACGUCUUGUCAUCUUGUUGGACCAACACAUUUACGUCUUGUCAUCUUGUGGGACCAACACAUUUACGUCUUGUGGGACCAACACAUUUACGUCUUGUGGGACCAACACAUUUACGUCUUGUGGGACCAACACAUUUACGUCUUGUGGGACCAACACAUUUACGUCUUGUGGGACCAACACAUUUACGUUUUGUCAUCUUGUGGGACCAACACAUUUACAUCUUGUGAUCUUGUGGGACCAACACAUUUACGUCUUGUGAUCUUGUGGGACCAACACAUUUACGUCUUGUGAUCUUGUGGGACCAACACAUUUACGUCUUGUGAUCUUGUGGGACCAACACAUUUACGUCUUGUGAUCUUGUGGGACCAACACAUUUACGUCUUGUGAUCUUGUGGGACCAACACAUUUACGUUUUGUCAUCUUGUGGGACCAACACAUUUACGUCUUGUGGGACCAACACAUUUACGUUUUGUCAUCUUGUGGGACCAACACAUUUACGUCUUGUCAUCUUGUGGGACCAACACAUUUACGUCUUGUGAUCUUGUGGGACCAACACAUUUACGUCUUGUCAUCUUGUGGGACCAACACAUUUACGUUUUGUCAUCUUGUGGGACCAACACAUUUACGUCUUGUGAUCUUGUGGGACCAACACAUUUACGUCUUGUGAUCUUGUGGGACCAACACAUUUACGUUUUGUCAUCUUGUGGGACCAACACAUUUACGUCUUGUGGGACCAACACAUUUACGUUUUGUCAUCUUGUGGGACCAACACAUUUACGUCUUGUCAUCUUGUGGGACCAACACAUUUACGUCUUGUCAUCUUGUGGGACCAACACAUUUACGUUUUGUCAUCUUGUGGGACCAACACAUUUACGUCUUGUGGGACCAACACAUUUACGUUUUGUCAUCUUGUGGGACCAACACAUUUACGUCUUGUCAUCUUGUGGGACUAACACAUUUAUUCAUUUAUUUUACCUGUUAUUUAACCUGGUAUUGCCAUGUUUGUGCCUACAUGUAAACCUGAACAAAUCACUGACAUCUAUACAGUCGAUGUAGAACACUGGAAAUCAGCUAUUACUAUUCUGGAUGUGUCUGUCUGUACAAGAUGUGUGGAAUAGCAAUAGUCGCCAAAAUAGAAAUGUGAAUUAAUGUCUUUGUGAUUUAAAGAUGCAAUAUAAAGUAAUGUCAUAAAUAAAAACAUUUGAAUGUU